CGGCGCUCCGAUACGCCCGGGUCCGUUAUUCCGGUCUGAGAAUAAACGACAUUUAGAGAAAUAACGGAGAGGAUUUGUGCAGAUUGUUGAGAAUAAACACCGCAGACGCGCUGAGAUUUGAGCUGAAAGUGAAAUAUUAAGGAUGCGGACUGCACUGAGCAGCGGAUGAGUGGCCUGUCUUCAGCAAAAAGACUUUCAUUUCCAUAAAAACUAAGAAAAAAAACACAAAGGUGUUAAAAACAAAAUGUCCGGAAAACACUUUAAUGUGCAUGAAGUCGGCUGCUGCAUUAAAUACUUCAUCUUCGGCUUUAAUAUUAUAUUCUGGCUGCUGGGCGUGGCCUUCCUGUCUGUUGCUUUAUGGGCCUGGAGUGAGAAGGGCGUUCUGUCCAACAUCUCAUCCAUCACAGAUCUGGGAGGUUUCGACCCCGUGUGGUUGUUCCUGGUCGUGGGGACGGUGAUGUUUGUGCUCGGGUUCGCUGGCUGCAUCGGCGCGCUGAGAGAAAACUCCUUCCUGCUCAAGUUUUUUUCCGUGUUUCUGGGAAUCAUCUUCUUCCUGGAGCUUACCGCCGGAGUCCUCGCCUUCGUCUUUAAGGACUGGAUCAAAGAUCAGCUCAAGUUCUUCAUCAACAACAACAUCCGAGCGUACCGAGACGACAUCGACCUGCAGAACCUCAUCGACUUCACGCAGGAAUACUGGGAGUGCUGUGGUGCGUUCGGACCUAAGGACUGGAACCUGAACAUCUACUUUAACUGCACCGACACCAACCUGAGCCGAGAGAAGUGUGGAGUUCCCUUCUCCUGCUGCACUAAAGACCCUGCUGAGGACGUAAUAAACACUCAGUGUGGUUACGACAUCCGAGCUAAAGCCGAAUCGGAGCAGAACUCGUCCAUCUACGUAAAAGGCUGUGUGCCACAGUUUGAAAAAUGGCUGCAGGAGAAUCUCACAGUGGUGGCUGGAAUCUUCAUAGGGAUCGCACUGCUGCAGAUUUUUGGGAUUUGCUUGGCUCAGAACCUGCUGAGUGACAUCGAGGCUGUGAGAGAGAGCUGUUUGUUCACUUGACCCAGCGUCGUCUCAGCGUCCUGUCGCGGGAAGAGGACUUUUCAGUUUCACUUUUAUUUCUAAAACACUUUAAAUUACUGUCCACGUGUCACUUUCGCUAGCGUCUUUAUUCAUGCCUGUAAUCCAGACGUGACUGCAGUUCCUGCACUGACCACAAGGUGUAGCUGUAGAGUCACUGUAGCGUCAUGCUGUGUGCUGUAGAACUUAAGAAAUAUUCCUUUUUAAAAAUGAAUGUUUUAAAAUUAAAAUGAAUUUUACACACCUCUGUCACUCAACACAAUUAACUGAUAAGUCUGUGUUUCGUUCGUUAAUUUGAAACCUUGCUAACAGCUAGAGGAAGCUUAUGAAGGCCAGCUAGCAUCAUGCUAAUGACACAAAUUACCUCACACCCUCAAUUCCAAUGACAUAUUUAUAAAUAAAAAGCAUUCGGUAAUCUAGUCAGUAUUGAACUUUUCAUGAAUUAGCUAACGCUCAGAUUAAUGGUCAGAAGAUUCUGUUAGCAAUGUUAGCCAUGUAUUUCCAUUUGGACUUGUACCUUAGGUUAAAAAACAAACAAACAGACUAGCAUAGCGAAUUUAGCGAGCGAACUGUAUUUCUCUUUGUCUCUGUAACAUAAACCUUUGGUUUAAAUGCUAGGAAGGUAGAAGGACAUAGCUUGAAUUAAGAUGAGAAAUGUACAUUAAUGGGUCGAUUUUUAAAGCACUGCUUUUCUGGUUUAGAUUUUUAUUUGUAUGUUUAAUUGCUUACUAACUCUGUUCUACGUGGCAGGUAAUACGAAGCACUGCAUGUGUACUGGAAUAAUAAUGUUAGCGUAAAGGCACCUUGUAUCGACAGCUAGCGCUUUAAGAUGAUUAUAAUUAUGAAAAUAUUUAGCAGUUCGUCUCAUUUGUGUUUACGUUGUGUUUAAGGAAUCGUGUGAAUUCAGACCUCUAAAUUUAACUGCAGCCUCUUGAUUACUUUUGAUACGACUAGCGAUAGAUACGCUAGCUAUGCUAAAGUGGCCUAUACAAGCUAUUAAGUUUUUCAUCUUUUUAACUUAGAAUUGAGAGGCCAUUGUUUUGUUAAAUUACAAGUGAUUUCAUAAAUAUUUAGUGAACAUUUUAAACUUAAUAUAGUUAGCAUGUUAUUCAGUGCAUUAGCGUUAAAGCACAGGUGCAAAAUCUUAUCGAACUGAAUAUUUUUUUUUUUUUAAUAAAAAGUGUCGAUAUGAGGUGCCCUGUUGUUCUAGUUCUUUAGGUAAGUCGGUAUGAGUUUAAUAUUAUAUCUAUUAGUUUAUCUAAAUCUUCUGAAUGUUUUCCAUGCUAGCUGUGUGAGUAUGUUGCACAUACUGGAUUUUCUGGACUAUAAGAUACAUUGUUGUUGUUGUUGUUGUUUUUAUGUUGUUUUUUUUUUUGUAAAUUAGACAUUUCUAAAUAAGAUAAGAUGUUAAAACACAUUAGCAUUAUUAUGCAUGUUUUGUUAAGGUUAAAUUGCACUACCGUUAGCUUGGUGCUAAAUGAAAAUUCCAUAUGUGUGCUAGCGGAUACUAACACUACAUUAAAGCGAAUUACACGUUUAUUAUAACGAUGGAGGAAGGAUUAUAAACUGGUGGUAAAACCCCCACACCAGCAGGUGGCGUCCUGUUUACUCUGGAGCAAUUUAUAGUCCAGAAACUACAGUAAAUUAGCUUAUUUAAUUAGCAUAUCUUGUAGAGCUGAGAGAGAAAGCGGUAAAGUUUUGUUUUGAUGCACAUAAGAAACACUAAAGUAAAAUAUUAAAGUAUUAAUGUUGUGUUUUUAUAUGAAUGAUGUAAAUCUGACUCCAGGGGCCUGUACCAUGAAUCCGGUUUAAGUGGCUAGUCAGUUUCAGUUUCAGUUUAGUUUGUGCCAACCCUGGGUUUUAGGUACCAUGAAAGUGGCUGGGCUUUUACCGGUGUUCAUCGCCUUAGUAACUUGCGCUCCAUGGCUAACCUGCUCCGGGCUGGGUUCUGUUCUGGGUAAGAGAACUCAAACCCAAUUUGAACCAAUCAGCUGUGAGCAAAGUGACCUAUGAGUGACGCAACCAAUUCAACUCCCCAGCGCAAACUGUAAGGAGAGCACGUCGCAGAGAAACAUUUCAUUAAAACAUUUUACGUUUAUAUUAAAUGAAAUUACAUGAAUGAUGUUGGGGUUAUACGUUUUCAAUCCGUUUAUUCUCAUUGUGAGCCUAUAAAAGUAAACUUUUACACAAUCAGUAAUGUUCCCGAGCUUUGGCAGCCGUAACGGUGUUGCUUUUUGCGGUUAGUGUGGGUUUAAAUUCCUCAUAUUUCUGCAAAAUAAUUUCCUAGUUUUCAACCGGAGGUAUGCACACCUACUUUUUUCCCCAUGUUGAACACUGUUGGCUGUUCGGUGCCGACGUCACGCGUUUAUAUGCACGUUGACGGAGUAUGUUGAUAACCAGCGUCAUGGUACAAAUAAAGCCUGAUCGGAUUGGAUUGGUUUUGAACUCGAAACUAAUCCCGUAACCCUGAGUUUGUUCAACUAGCUUCAUGGUACAGGCCCCAGCACUUGUGUGUGACUUCUAAAUAGGGUUUUGUUUUGUUUUUUUUUCACUGCUUGUGUGUUGUUGUGGUUGGUGUGCUUUGUUGAAGUCUUUUUACAGUAUUGUAUUUGAGCAAAUAAGCUAUUCUCCAUCCUGAGACGGGGGAGCAGUUUAUUGUGAACAUUAAAGGUUGUUACAUUUUGGUAAAA